GGUUCCCAACGUAACUUAAAGGGAAACCUACACAAUGUCCGGAGCCCUUGAUGUCCUGCAGAUGAAGGAGGAGGAUGUCCUCAAAUUCCUCGCUGCAGGCACCCACUUAGGUGGCACCAACCUCGACUUUCAGAUGGAGCAGUACAUCUACAAAAGGAAAAGCGAGGGCAUCUACAUCAUCAAUCUGAAGAGGACCUGGGAGAAGCUGUUGCUUGCAGCUCGGGCUAUUGUUGCCAUUGAGAACCCUGCUGAUGUCAGCAUCAUCUCCUCCAGGAACACUGGGCAAAGAGCUGUGCUGAAGUUUGCUGCCGCCACUGGAGCCACUCCGAUUGCUGGCCGUUUCACCCCAGGGACCUUCACUAACCAGAUCCAGGCAGCCUUCAGAGAGCCACGGCUUCUAGUGGUGACGGAUCCCAGGGCUGACCACCAGCCCCUCACAGAGGCGUCUUACGUGAACCUGCCCACCAUUGCCCUGUGUAACACAGACUCACCUCUGGUAUCCAUGAUUCUAACAUAG